CUUCCUCACCCUGCGCCUGGCCCUGCUGCUCUGCCCCCUGCUGCAGGCCUGGGACCCCCUGGGCCUGGCCUGGGGGGUGGCGCUGGCGAGAUGGGCACUGCUGAGCCUGAGCGCCCAGGCUACCCGCAGCAGGGGACAGGGCCUGCCCGGGGGGCUGCGGGACGCGCUGCUGCCCCUGGCUGCCCUGCUCAGCCUGCUGCUGCCCGUCUACGUGACCCUGCAGGCACUGGCCCAGCCCCGGGCGCCCCCCUCGGAGCUGCUGCACGGCUGGGGGCGAGGGGACGUCUUCGGCCUGACCUACGGCGUGGCGGGGCUGUUGGCCGCGCUCUGGCACCAACUGUUCCCCACCGGCAAGGGGGAGCCGGGGCCCUUGGCCUUGCUGGGCCGUCUCCUGACCUGCAUGAGGCCCGAUCUGCUGCGCUUCGUGGCCAUCGCGGGGUUCCUGGUGCUGUCCUCCCUCGGGACAUCACCUCCCGGGUGACGGCCGACACGGACGCCGUGAGCGAGGUGCUGAGUGAGAAGCUGAACCUGCUGAUGUGGUGCGGGAUGCGGGGAGUCUUCUUCUAUUCCCUGAUGGUGCAGGUGUCGCUGUGCCUGGUGCUCUUCACCACCGUGGGGCUGCCCGUCAUCCUGCUGGUGCCCAAGCUCUCUGGGAAAUUCCACCAGAAUCUAGCUAAGCGGGUGCAGGAGUCCCUGGCCAAGGCCAACGAGGUGGCAGUGGAGACCUUCCAGGCCAUGGCCACGGUGCGCAGCUUUGCCAACGAGGAGGGGGCCACCCAGCGCUACGGGCUGCGGCUGCAGGAGACCUACCAGCUCAACAAGCAGGAGGCAGCCGCCUGCGCCAUCUCCAUGUGGACCAACAGCCUGCCAGAGCUGGCACUGAAGGUGGGGAUCCUGUACUACGGGGGGUGGCUGGUCGCCGCAGGGGACAUCAGCACCGGAGACCUGGUCACCUUCGUCCUCUAUGCGACAAAUUUCAGCACGGCCGUGGAGGGGCUGCUCUCCACCUACCCCAGUGUGCAGAAGGCCGUGGGCUCCUCGGAAAAGAUCUUUGAAUACAUGGAGCGGAUGCCCCAGAUCGCCCCCCCCGGGAUGCUGGCCCCCCCUGCCCUGCGUGGACACCUCCAGGUGCAGGACAUCUGGUUCUCCUACCCUAGUUGGGACGACACUUCCGUGCUCAAGGGGGUGUCUCUGGAGCUGCGCCCCGGGGAGGUGACGGUGCUGGUGGUCCCGUCGGGCGCGGGGAAGACAAUGCUGGUGGCCCUGCUGGAGCGUUUCUACGAGCCCCAGUGCGGGCGCCUGCUGCUGGACAGGCGGGACCUGCGGGAGUACGAGCACCACUACCUGCACAGCAAGGUGGCGCUGGUGAGCCAGGGGCCGGUGGUGUUCGCCCGCUCGCUGCACGAGAACAUCGCCUACGGGCUGGGGGGGCGCAGCCGCCAGGAGGUGACGGGGGCUGUCCGGCGUGCCAACGCCCACGGCUUCAUCGCCCGGCUGAGCCACGGCUACGACACAGAUGUUGGGGAGAUGGGGGGGCAGAUCUCGGGGGGGCAGAGGCAGGGGGUAGCCAUUGCCCGAGCCCUGCUCCGAGACCCCCGAGUGCUGAUCCUGGACAACGCCACCAGCGCCCUGGACACGGAGAGUCAGCUGCGAGUGGAGAAGGAGAUUUAUGAGGGUGCCCGGGCCGGGCACUCGGUGCUGCUCAUCGCCCAUCGCCUGAGCGCCGUGGAGCGAGCCGACCGCAUCCUGGUGCUGGAGGAUGGGGAGAUCCGGGAGCAGGGCACCCACCAGGAGCUGCUGGCGCGCCGGGGCUGCUACUGGCGCCUGGCGCAGAAACAGCUCAAUGGGGACGAAGAGGGCAGCUCCAGGGAUAGCGUGGAGGUUGGGGGGCGCCCUGUCACCUCCAUGCCGCUGCCCCUCACCCUGCGUCUGGGCUGUCCCCUGCUGCUCUGCGACCUGGCCCUGCUGGGCUGGGGCGUCCCCUCGCUGGCCCCCCUGGGGCUGCCGGCCACCUGGCUGGAAGCUGCUGUGCGUUUCCUGGGGCUCUGGGGAGCCUGGGGGCUGCUGGCCCCGGAUCAGCCCCACCUGUCCCCCCCCAGGGCCCUGGCUGCCCUGUGCCUGCUGCCCCCCCUGUACCUCGCCCUGCGAAGCUGCCUGCCCCUGACCGACGUGCCCCCUGCCCUGCUGGCCGGCGCCCCCUGGGCCUGGCUGCUGCUGAGCUAUGGGGCAGUGGGGCUGGCCCAGCUCACCUGGGGGGCCCUGGGGCAGAGGGACAGGGCUGGGGGGCCCGGUGCUGAGGACAGAGAGCAGGAGUCCAGGGCCACCCUGCGCCGGCUGGUGGAGCUGUCCUGGCCCGAUGUGCCCUUCCUGCCUGGGGCCUUCAUCUUCCUCACCCUGGGUGUGAUUGGUGAGAUGUUCAUCCCCUACUACACGGGACGUGUCAUCGACAUCUUGGGCAGCAGCUACGGCCACGCCUUCACCACCGCCAUCGUCCUCAUGGGCCUGACCUCCUUUGGCAGCUCCCUGGCUGCCGGCUGCCACGAGGGGCUCUUCAUGUUCACGCUCUCCCGGCUCAACAUCCGCAUCCGCCAGCUCCUCUUCUCCUCCCUGACGCACCAGGACCUGGCCUUCUUCCAGCAGGUCAAAACAGGGGAACUGACCUUGCGCCUCUCCAAGGACACCACCACGAUGAGCCGCUCGGUGCCGGCCAACGCCAACAUCUUCCUGCGCAGCCUGACCCCCCUCACCAUGGCCACCCAGAACCUCUACAAUGCCCGACACCAGGCCGUGCUGAGGGCGAUCCAGGACUCCAUGGCGCACUCCGGCGAGAUUGUGCACGAGUCGGUCUCCUCCAUUGAGACUGUGCGCAGCUUCGCCACCGAGAAGGAGGAGUCGCAGCGCUGCAAGGCGGCGCUGGCUGAGACCCACCGGCUGAAAAAGCGCCACAAUCUGGAAAGAGAGCUCUACCUGCUCUUCUGCCAGCUGCUGCAUCUGGCCGUGCAGGCGCUGAUGCUGUAUUGCGGGUACCAGCAGAUCUGUGCCGGGCUCCUGACCAAGGGCAGCCUGGUCUCCUUCAUCCUCUACCAGUGGGAUGCAGGGGGCUGCAUUAAGACCCUGGCAUGCACCUACGGGGACCUGCUGAGCAAUGUGGGGGCGGCAGAGAAGGUGUUUGAGUACCUGGACCGGGAGCCAGCUGUGCGCACCGACGGGACACGGGCGCCAGAGUCUCUGCAGGGACACGUCUCCUUCCGCAACGUCUCCUUCUCCUACCCCUCUCGCCCGGACCGCCAGGUCCUAAAGGCCGUGUCCUUCGAGCUGCGCCCCGGGGAAGUGACGGCGCUGGUGGGGCUGAACGGCAGCGGGAAGAGCACGUGUGUGGGGCUGCUGGAGCGGUUCUACGAGCCCCAGGCCGGGGAGAUCCUGCUGGACGGGGCCCCUAUCCGGGAGUACGAGCACCGGUACCUGCACCGUCAGGUGGCCUUGGUGGGGCAGGAGCCCGUCCUCUUCUCUGGUUCCAUCCGGGAGAACAUCGCCUUCGGGCUGGGGGGCUGCGGGGAGGAGCAGGUCACCAGGGUGGCCAGAGCGGCCCACGCCUCUGGGUUCAUUGCGGAGCUGGACAGCGGCUUUGAGACAGAUGUGCGGGAGAAGGGUGGGCAGCUCUCAGCAGGGCAGAAGCAGCGGAUCGCCAUUGCCCGGGCGCUGACCCGCCAGCCGGCCGUGCUGAUCCUGGACGAAGCCACCAGCGCACUGGAUGCGGAGAGCGAAUGCGCGAUCCGCCAGUCAGUGCUGAGCCGGGGGACCCGGACGGUGCUGGUAAUCGCCCACCGCAUGCAGACAGUGGAGAACGCCGACCGGAUCGUGGUGCUGGAGGGCGGGGCUGUGGCCGAGGAGGGGACGCACGCCGAGCUGAUGGGGCGCAAGGGCCCCUACUACAGACUGGUGCAGAGAGACCUCGCCGAGUAACCCCCUGGCCCCGAGGAAUAGCCCAGCACCAGCCUGACGACCCGUCCCCUCCUCCCCCCGGCACAGGGUGACAUGGAACAUACUGACAGUGUCUGAUUAGUGUAUGAUGUCGGGUCACUGGCUUUAUCGUCUGCGUUAGGGUGUCAGUUCUGCGCAGGGAGUCCCGGGGGGGGGGGCAGGCGUGUUCGACUGCCUGAGUGCGAGAAGAGUGUUUUGUAAAAUACAUUGAUGAGGUGACACAUC